AGCUGGGUAGCAGCUUGGCUACGAGCAGUGCUUACUGGCUAGGGUUCAAUUGAGAGGAUCUGCGAGGUCUGGUUCGAGCUUGUGGAGAUGAGGGGAAGGCACAAGAGCAAGAAGCAUGGGAGCAGCACCGUGGCGCUGUGGCUCCUGCUGCCUCUUCUCGUAUUGAUCGUGCUCAAGACCAAUCUCCUCCCGCAGGUUGCACGCUAUUCCAUUGUCGGCUCACCACCUUCUUCUGCAUCAAGAGACGAGACGACUGGCGGCGGCGACGCGACGAAAGAUGUGGCAGCACCAAUACUAGGCAGCAUAAGCUGCAACUUCAGCAAUCACCAAUCCGACACCUGCACCAUGGAAGGUGACUUGCGCAUCCACGGCAAAUCUGCCACCGUCUACGUCGUCUCGGUGUCCACCUACCGGCCCGAGAACUCGACGAUCAAGCUCCGGCCGUACGCAAGAAAGUGGGAGGAUCAGGUCAUGCAGCUGGUCCGGGAGGUCACCGUGCGAUCCAGCCCUCCAGGCGCCGACGACGACGUCAUCCCACCGGAGUGCUCGGUUCGGCACGAUGUGCCCGCGGUGGUUUUCUCCACCGGCGGAUACAACCGAAACUUCUUCCACGUCAUGACCGACGUGAUCAUCCCACUCUACCUCACGGUCCGUGAGUACAACGGCCGCGUGCAGCUGCUCGCCACCGACUACGAACCCAAUUGGAUCGCCAAGUACAAGGCCAUCCUCGUCGCGCUAUCCGCGUACCCUGUCAUAGACAUGGACUCCGAAGACACCGUGCGGUGCUUCCCGUCGGCUCAUGUUGGGCUGGAGAGCCACAAGGAGCUCAGUAUCGUCCCGGGUCUCUCCCGCAAUGGCUACACCAUGGCGAGCUUCCGGGACUUCAUCCGAUCCGCCUACUCUCUGCAGCGGCCACGCGUGGCGCCGGUGAGCAGGAGCUCCGGACGGAAGCCCCGGCUCGUCCUGAUCCUGCGCCGCAACUCCAGGCAGCUGAAGAACGAAGCCGAUGCCAUCGCCGCCGCGACCGAGCUGGGCUUCGAGGUGGUCGCCGCGGGGCCUGACGACGUCAGCGACCUGGAACGGUUCUCCGGGCUGGCCAACUCCUGCGACGUGCUCAUGGGCGUGCACGGCGCCGGGCUGGCCAACAUGCUGUUCCUGCCCGACAACGCCACGGUGGUCCAGAUCAUCCCGUGGGGCGAGCUCAAGUGGCCGUGCCGGCAUUCGUUCGGUGAUCCGGUGGCACCCAUGGGCCUCCGGUACCUCGAGUACGAGGUGACGGCGGACGAGACGACGCUGAACGAGACCUACCCCAGGGACCACGCCGUGUUUACGGACCCGGUCUCCGUACACCGCCAGGGGUUUGACAAGGUGUGGAACAUCUUCAUCAACGGCCAGCACGUCAUCCUAGACAUCAAACGGUUCAGAGGGUUCAUGGAGCAACUGUACCAAACCAUCACGACGGAGUAGAGUAGGCAUCAUCAGGUGGCGGCUCAUCCGCGGGAUGGAUCAAUGGAAUGUGUAAUUCUGCUCUUAGUUUUGCUGUUUGUUUUUCACCUCCUAGCAGGGUUAACUGUUAACUUGAAUAGUUGUGGGAGUGUUGGGAAUUAUUUAGAGUUGUAACAGGACAGCGAACACAAGUUCUUUAAAAUUAAUCAUCAGGAGAAGCGUGGUACGGAAA